GCCGAGGCAGCGCACGGAACCAGACGUACACCCAGGGCGCGCACCAUGGUCGACCCAGCAGCGCUGCGAGACUGCCAGGCGUGGAAGGAUGCUGGGCUCCCGCUCUCCACCCCGAGCAACGAGGCCUGCAAGCUGUUUGACGCCACCCUGACCCAGUACGUCAAGUGGACCAACGACAAGACCCUUGGGGGCAUCGAGGGCUGCCUGGCGAAGCUGAAGGCAGCAGAUCCGACCUUCGCAAUGGGCCACGCCAUCUCUACUGGCCUCGUGCUCAUUGGCACCGGAAGCUCCGUGAGGCUGGACAAAGAGCUGGACCUGGCUGUGAAGAGCAUGGUGGAGGUUGCCAGCAGCCAGCCGCUGACGCCGCGGGAGCGGCUGCACGUGUCCGCGGUGGAGGCCUUCGCCAAGGGGAGCUUCCCCAGGGCCUGCGAACUGUGGGAGCAGAUUCUCCUGGACCACCCGACAGACAUGCUGGCUCUCAAGUUUUCCCACGAUGCCUAUUUCUACCUGGGCUACCAGGAGCAGAUGCGAGAUUCUGUGGCUCGGAUUUACCCCUUCUGGACACCCGCCACCCCCCUGAGCAGCUACGUGAAAGGCAUAUACUCCUUUGGAUUGAUGGAAACCAAUUUCUACGAUCAGGCGGAGAAGCUCGCCAAGGAGGCUCUGUCCCUGAACCCGGCGGACGCGUGGUCGGUGCACACCGUCGCCCACAUCCACGAGAUGAGAGCAGAGGUGAAGGACGGGUUAGACUUCAUGCAGCGCUCAGAGACCCACUGGAAGGGCUCCGACAUGCUCGCCUGUCACAACUAUUGGCACUGGGCUUUGUAUCUGAUUGAAGAGGGCGAGUACGAGGCCGCGCUGACCAUUUAUGAUGACCACAUCCUCCCCAGCUUGCAGGCCAGCGGCGCCAUGCUGGACGUGGUGGACAGCUGCUCCCUGCUGUACCGGCUGCAGAUGGAAGGGGUGCCCGUGGGUGAGCGGUGGCAGGCUGUCCUGACUGUGACCCAGAAGCACAGCCGUGACCACGUCCUGCUGUUCAACGACGCACACUUUCUGAUGGCAUCGCUGGGUGCUCGGGACACCCAGACCACCCAGGAGCUGCUGAGCACCCUGCAGGACACCAGCGAGUCCCCCGGGGAGAACUGCCAGCACCUCCUGGCCCGCGAUGUGGGGCUGCCCCUGUGCCAGGCCCUGGUGGAGGCGGAGAGUGGGCGCCCCGAGCGCGUGGUGGAGCUGCUCCUGCCCAUCCGCUACCGCAUCGUCCAGAUCGGAGGCAGCAACGCCCAGAGAGACGUCUUCAACCAGCUGCUGAUCCACGCGGCCUUGCAGUGCACCUCGGGCGCCCACAGGAACGUGGCCCGGAGCCUUCUGAUGGAGCGGGACGCCUUCAAGCCCAACUCGCCCCUGACUGCGCGGCUCAUCCGCAAGGCGGCCGCCGUCCACCUCCUGCAGUGAGGGGCCCGUGCCCCCCGCCGGCUCCCUCGGCUCGGGAGACAGGCCUGCUGGGGGUGACCUGCGGCUUAAACAGGAAAGCCCCAAGACAGGCAGCAACCCGGGAAAGGGGACGCAAAUCCACGUGCACAUGAUUCAGAGUCAUCCUCUCACUCUUGCUACGGGCCAAGGGGCAGUUUUCCGUGGUCAGGCCUGGCGUGGGAGCGGCUACUACUGCUGGCCUUGGGCACGGUCUUCCCCGGGGACUCUCGCACCCCCUGGUGGUUGAAGGGCUGGAAGCUGGGGUGGGGCGGGCGGCUGGGCUUGGCGGGGGGCCUCCACCGCCCCUGGGGCAGGGGCUGGGAAGAACCCUCAUCCUCUUUGUCUCCUGUCCCAGACAGGCUCUGAUGUCCACCUGGGGGCGAGGGGACACACGGGGCCGUGCCCCGCCCAGGGCCCAGCUAGUGGGGGUUCCGCUGAGACCUGCCGCAGGCCCCGUCCUCCCUGGGAGAGGGGACCUCGUCUCAGCUGUGGCCACGGCCCAGCUGCUGCACCCCCGCGCCCCUCCUCUGGCAGCACGGCCUGCGGGUGCACCCCCUCCCCCCGCUGCCUCUGGAGAGAAGCCUGCGCGCUCCCCAGGGGCCUUUGGUGACACUGACUGGGGCUUGUUUUCUCUUUAUUCUAAACUGCAUGUCAGGAAGGGGUCUCAAUACAUAGCCUCCGUUGUCGGCUGUGAGUGCGGUCAGACUAGCACUGGGCGCUGAGCAGGCGGGCUUUCUUGGGGUGUGGGGGUUGAGCCUGUGCUGCCUUAAUGUGGCAGAGACCAAAGCGCUGUGACAUGUGGCUUCAACGAGACCGGAGCCAGUUCUUGCUCCUGCUCCAGCCCUGAACCUAGCCGCACAUGCCUCCUCAGUGGGCCGCAGGUUUUGGUUUAACGUGCGGGCUCCGCUGGGCUGCGCAAAGCCGGGAGUCCCAGCCGGGAAUGCUCCUCAGGCUGCGCAGGCGCGGACCGAAGGUAGGCAGGGCUCCCCGGGGCAGGGGAGGCCUCCACAUGGAUCGGGCUGAUUCCUGGGAUUAAAAUAACGUGGCACCCUGGCUGAGUGUCUGAGCUGGUUAGAGUGUCAUCCCGAUGGGCCGAGGUUCAGUCCCCAAGCAGGGCACGUGCAAGAAUCAACCAAUGACAGCAUAUAUAAGUGGAACGACAGAUCAAUGUUUCUCUCUCAAAUCAGUAAAAAAUAAAAUAGUUAA